AUGACAACAAGACGAGGUGGAAAAGAAGACACAGAGGAGGGACUCGCCACUCUGCCUUCCGGAGCGGGGGAAGUCGACAACGAUCCUACACUCGCCCACGAUGCAGUCUUUGGCAACAUUACCGAGAAAGGACCCAACUACCGCGACGUCGGAUGGCUUGGCUCGGCUGCCCUCAUGAUGAAGUCCCAGAUCGGCCUCGGCGUCCUCUCGAUCCCCUCCGCGUUUGACGCGCUGGGCAUCAUCCCGGGCAUCAUCUGUCUCUUAACCGUUGCAGCACUGACGAGCUGGUCGGACUAUGUGAUUGGCAUGUUUAAGCUGAGGCAUCGAGAGAUCUGGGGCAUUGAUGAUGCCGCUGGGCUCAUGUUUGGUAAAGUUGGGCAAGAGUUCCUCGGCGUUGCGUUUGUUCUAUAUACCAUCUUUGUUGCUGCGUCGGGGAUUCUUGGCAUCUCGAUCAGUUUAAACGCCAUGUCGACUCACGGAGCCUGCACCGCGGUCUUCGUCGCCGUGUCCUCCAUCGCAGUCUUUGCCUGCAGCAGUAUCCGAACACUGGCAAAUAUAAGCUGGCUUGCCUGGGGCGGCAACUCGUCAGUCUACAUCGUCACCAUCGCCGCAGCAGUCCAAGACCGUCCUUCAGAAGCCCCCCAGGAGGGAGUCUGGGUGUCCGACUACAAGCUCUCCAACAACCCCAGCUUUGCCGACGCCAUCUCUGCCAUCUGCACCUUUGUGUUUGCCUACGCCGGCACGCCGCUCUUCUUCCCCACCGCGGCUGAGAUGCGAGAUCCGCGGCAGUACACCAAGGCGUUGGUACUCUGCCAGUCGACCGUCACAGCUACGUACAUCAUCAUCGGCAUCAUGGUGUAUUACUACUGUGGUUCUUAUGUUGCUUCGCCGGCUCUGGGUUCUGCGGGGCCUGUUAUUAAGAAGAUUGCUUAUGGACUUGCUCUCCCUGGUCUUCUUGCUGGUGCAACCAUCAAUGCCCACGCCGCAAGCAAGUACCCGUUUAUCCGCUUCCUCCGCGGAUCGAGGCAUCUAACCGCCAACACAUUCACCCACUGGGCAUGCUGGCUCGGCUGCACAUUCACAGUCUCCCUAAGCGCCUACGCCAUUGCAAGCGGUAUCCCCAUCUUCCACGCCCUCGUGUCGCUCGUGGGAGCCCUCCUAGGCACGCUCAUGUGCUUCCAGCCGAUGGGGUGCAUGUGGCUGUACGACAACUGGAGCAGGGGCCGUUCCGGGAAGAGGACCCUCGGAUGGACUGUCCAGGCCUGUGUUGCUGUGUUUGUCGUCGUCUCGGGAAUGUUUCUCACAGUUGCUGGGACGUAUGGGACUGUUGUUGGGGUCAUCAAGGCUUUCAAGGAGACGAAAGGGGCGGCGGCUUGGUCGUGUGCCGACAACUCCAACUCUGUAUAA